CUCGGGAAGUCUAUGUAAACUAUUUAUCGCUGAGGUCUUAAAAAAAUAAAUAAAUAAAAACAAGCCAACACCCCUCCCCCCUUUGCAGACUAUCCCAUAAAGGUGUACUCUGGGAGGAGAGUCGAGUCCUCGGUGACUCCGUGUCUGUGUCUUGGCAUCAGGAGUGUGCGGCGACCCUGACGAGUAGUGGGGAUCGGGCGCUGCGCUGCGGCACGCUGCUUGACGUGAGCCGACAACCGACACGUCCCCCCUUCUCUUUGCAGGUACAUGUGAAGAUUUCUUGGCAGCUCAGUUGGGAACCAUUGAUCACCUUGCCCUCAUUUCUACCUGUUUCGUGUCAGCAAGAGAGCGUGCCCAAAUGAGCAAGGUAGCACAGCAGAACAGUACUCCUGCAAUAAGUGUUAUUCACACUCAGGCUCAUGCCAGCGGCUUACAGCAGGUGCCUCAGCUGGUGCCUGCCGGCCCCGGGGGAGGAGGCAAAGCCGUGCCUCCCAGCAAGCAAAGCAAGAAGAGUUCGCCCAUGGAUCGAAACAGUGAUGAGUAUCGUCAGCGCAGAGAGAGGAACAACAUGGCUGUGAAAAAGAGCCGGUUGAAAAGCAAGCAGAAGGCGCAGGAUACGCUGCAGAGAGUGAAUCAGCUCAAAGAAGAGAAUGAACGGUUGGAAGCAAAGAUUAAAUUGCUGACUAAGGAAUUGAGCGUACUGAAAGACUUGUUUCUUGAGCACGCACACAACCUCGCAGAUAACGUGCAGCCCGGUGGCACUGACAGUCCGGCAACAACUCCUGAUAACACGGGACAGUAGACCUCGCCUCACCCCUUCCGAGUUCCCAGCUGGUGGCUGGCAUGUUUAGAGGUGUGACCGCCUGCACCACGCGUGUCAGUGGCCCAACGUUGUCUGUUCCAUCAUUCAGAGAUCCAUUGAAGGUUGUUUUCUAGGAUCAGCACUGAGGAGUUGAUUAGCUGAAAAUGUUAGCCAUGUAAUCCGAAUAUCUAGUUUUAAAUGAUACGGAUUUUUUGUGGGGAUAAAACACAUUUUUAAGGUAUAUGGUAAAAAAAAAAAAAAAGUCCUGGACCUUGAUGUUCUUAAAUUUUCACUUCCCGAGAAAUGCUUCUUUUCUAGGUUGAUAAAAGGAAUGGGGAACUGGCAGGUCCCGCAGGAGGUUCUUGGUUUUAUUGGAGAUGGUUAAUUGGACUAAGAUGUUGAAUGCCAUUUGGUUGAUCUAUUUGUGAUUUUUUUUUCUAAAUUAUAUACUAAAAAUCCUUAGGGCUAUAGAAAUCAAUCACUUUGUGAUUUGGAGUGAUUUUAUGUAUAGCAUAACCCUUGUUUUAGCAUAAUUAGUACUGUUUUUCCCAACAAGUACAAGUUUCUGAGCAGCGGUGCCAGGUUAAGUAAGCCCCAUUGUGUUUUAAAGGCAGUAUACAGCCAGUUGGCUUAAAAAUACAAAUAAUUAGGCGGCAAAUAAGCUUUUUAAAAAUAAGAAUAAAGCAUAUUAGAAUUAUGCUUUUGGGAUACCUUUGGGUUAUUGGAUUGGUGUUGUUUUGUUUUCUAACAACAACAAACAGAAGACGACUCUGGUUUAGAGAAACUUGUGUACCAAAAUUUUUGUUUCUGUAGAUGCUAGUCAAGUAAGCAUUUUUAAUUGGUCAUUUUGACAGGCAGGUUAGUGGACAGAAUGUUUACCAGUCGGGACUUAGGUAGUUUCUUCUGUGUCCAAAUAUCUGCAAUGGGGCCAUGAUUUUUAAAGGCAGAAACAUCUUGGUAAGGAUCAUUUGGCAUUUGAUCCUAACUGAGUAAUUAGAAAAAUACAUCAUCAACUCUAGGCUCUCUCCCAAAAUAGUAGUCUAAGGAAACUUGAAAGUGUAAGGUUUAACCUUUAAUUUAUUUCACGUAAAUACGUCUUUUUAUGUUGUUCUUGUAACAUUUCUUUUUCUAGUUAGUGGGCUACUCUAGACUUUUUGUACCAAUGCUUCUGUUUGUUAAUUUGUAUGCUUUUGUGUCCCAUAAAUUAUUUUAGAAAGGAAAUACUGAUAAAACUCAGGAUACUGACAUUUUUGUUGAGACUAAAAAAUGGCAAUUACUAAAGUCGGGAAUCUUUAGUCUGGUUUGUAUCAGUGUUGGUAGUUUUGAUUAUGUUGAUUUUUCGUUUUUCUUUUUUUUUAGCACAAUUCUAGCUCAGAUUUGUUGAUGUGUGUGUGUCAGUGUGUGUGUGUGUGUGUGUGUGUGUGUGUCAAUGUUAGUCUAGGCUGGUGACAAGAGUCUGAGUCACCUCUGGUUAAAACAUUGGUGUUGCCAGGUAUCUCAUUAGAACCUUUUGGACACGUCGUUUCGUGUUAGGACCCGGAACAGUUCAAGCAAGACGUAACUCAAGUCGCACCCUUAGGUUGGACAGUGCUCUCUUGGGCAGGUGGUUAGCACAGUGGCCCAGGACUCAGCAGAGCCCGCACUGAGUCCGCGAGCCUCUUCCGCAUGAGACUAGGACCCAGUGCUGUUCUAGGAGAGCCACUUUCCCCAGUGGCUUCGGUCCCUGGCUAGCCACGGGACAGGAUCGGGGUUUCUGUUAGAUCCAACCCCAGUGUACUUUGGAGUAUCAGUGUACUUACAGAUGGAUAGAUUUUAUUGCCUAGUGAGGAGAUAGCCCGAGAAUCCUACUGAAUCUUUCGUAGCUGACUGAUGUUAUAUAAUUAACCUUAUUAGAGGUGCAGUUAGGCCGCUUGACUCUUGAAGCACCUAGAAAGAUGUUACAUUACAUCCCGUUUACUAAAAUAUGUGUUUCAGAAGUUGAUGUCCCUGUGGAAGAUACGGUUACCAAUUAGAUGGAUUGACUUAACUAUCUUGGAAAAAGAAGCUUUAGGGAGAUCAUCAGGGGUGUGCACUGAUAUUUCAAAUCAGAACAUAACAUUUAAACUCUCGGAAAAAUUGAUGCAAGCUUUCCUCUUACCUAUGCAAACAAGAACUUUAGCACAAACAGUCCUUUUGUGUAGAACAAAAAUGUUAACCACUGUCUUGACUGUCUCACUGAAGUGUUUGGGAAUGAAAGUUUUUAGUUUGAUAAGAUUUAUCAGUAUAAAAUGGAGGGAAACCAAGUAUGGGGAAAGGGUAAGUUUAGAACUUUGGGAAUUGUAAAAUGGCUAGUGUAACUUUUGUUCUGUGGGUUACAUGUGAACCGUUAGGACUGGAUCUGCCUCUGCAGGCAGGGCCGGCGGUGUAGGAACUAGGCUUCCGUGAGCAGUUCUCAUGCAGCCGCGUCUCCCGAGAUGGGCGCGCCGGCGGGUCGGAGCUCUCCUGCUGUCUGGCCCCUUUCAGUUACUGGGAUGUGAGCUUAGAUACUUGGGAUUCUUACUAAGCAGUAGUAAGACGUUAACAGCAUAUGACCAGAUUUUUGAAAUUCGGGUCAUGAGUGUGAAAUUCUGAAAUUUGUGUUUCAAAAAAGUAGUGUGUGCAAUUUAAUAUUUGGUAUUAAAAGGUAUCAGCUUUUGAUGUUUCUUAAUCCUCAUUAGAGGGCUUGAAACUUUGUACCUGAACCACACAGUUAGCACUCAGAGUGCUCUUUGAUGCCUUAGAAGUGGGAAGCAAUUUUUUGUUUGACAGAAGCUAGGGAGGAGAAGUCCAUUCUAUAGCUGUUAGAUCUGCCUCAGGAAAAAGCCCUUCACUCGUUCUUUGGUUCCUGGCUUUCCUCAGUUUGUGAGAUUACUCUAUUUUUUUAAAUAUAAUUUUAUUUCUUCCAAUGAAUUUGAAAUAAAACAAACUUUGGAAUAAUGA